GCAAUCCCUCGCUUCAAGAUGAGCAAGGUGCACGCUGCGCUUCAGGAGUUUCAGCAUCGUCGAGAUGGCCUUAUCAAGGGUCUCACCGCAAAUUUGGAUACAAUUGUUGAGGAAGCCAAAAGGAUUGGCAAGGAGACACCAUAUGAUCAAAGGAAGUGCCUAUGGGGAUUGGAGGACAAAAGCUGGGAGCUGCGACAUGCUGAAUAUCCAUGCUCCGAGGCUCCUCCGCAGCCUGAGCCGUUACCUCCCUUUGAAGAAGGGAUGUCACUAAUCGAAUGGAUUACGAUAGUUGCAGAUUUCAGCUAUGCUUGGCUUGCGACUUUCUCAGCAUAUCUGUCCUCCUCUUUUACCCUUGAAGAAAGGAAAGAGCUCCUGAAGGAGAUACGCACUUUGCCUUUAAUGAGAGAUGUGGUGGUUCUUAAGUACAAAUGUACUUGUUGAUCAAAUCCUAAUGUUGUGAAGGUGGCUGUUCCUGAUGGCGAAUCCAGCACGCGGGAAGUUCUACCGAAGAGCACUUAAUGCUUGGCACGUGAAGUUUACCCAGACUAAAUUAGUUUGCUUAAGGUUCCAAGAAAAAUGGUUGCUCCGUUUACAUGGCCUGUAACCAUCUGAUGCUGCAUGUGCGUGUGUGUUUCCUAGCCUACCUGUAGGUUGUCCAACUUUUUAUCUGUCGUAGUAAUUGAAUGCUAUGCCAAUAUACAAUGUGGGGUUGCCAUGCAUUAUGAACAUAAUCAGUUAUAUAUGCUUCCAGUUA